AUGUCACCACAGAGAAAGCUGCUGCUGUUGGGCACCUUUGUCCACUCCAAGACCCAGCAGGACCUGGAUUUCCUGCACAAGGCGGGAAUCGCCGUCGACGCCCACGGCAAGAUUGCGGCCAUUGAGCGGGAUGCGCACGAUUUGAGCGAGGUCAAGGCGCGGCUGCUGGCCAAGCUUGGCUGGGAUGAGGCAGAGGUGGACGUGACGGAGGCGACUGAGGGACAGUUUUUCUUUCCGGGCUUUGUGGACACACACAUCCACGCCUCUCAGUAUGCCAAUGCCGGCAUCUUUGGCAAAUCAAGUCUCUUGGAAUGGCUCGAGACAUACACCUUCCCCCUCGAAGCCAGCCUCAAGGAUCUCUCCAAGGCGCGCCGCGUGUAUUCCAGAUGCAUCCGCCGCACGCUCUCACACGGAACCACAACGGCAACCUAUUUCGCCACCCGCGAUGUCCCCGCGACGAAUCUGCUGGCGGACCUGUGUCUGUCCAUGGGCCAGCGAGCGUUUGUCGGCCGAGUGUGCAUGGACAGGCCUGACAUGAAUCCCGCCUACUAUCGCGAUGCCUCUGCGAGCGAAAGCGUGGAGGCAACGCAGCAAGUGAUUGACCACAUACGUACCAUCGACCCAGGCUUCGACGUCGUCUCCCCCAUUAUUACGCCUCGCUUCGCCCCUUCGUGCUCGGCCGAGGCCAUGAAGGGCCUGGCAGAGCUGCAUCGCCAGACGGGCCUCCCCAUCCAGACUCACGUCUCGGAGAACCCCGGCGAGAUCCAGCUCGUGGCGCAGCUGUUCCCAGAAAGCAACUCAUACACUGACCUCUACGACAAGUGUGGCCUGCUCACGCCACGCACGGUGCUAGCCCACGCGGUACACAUCUCAGAGGAGGAGGCGGAUCUCAUUGCGCACAACAAGUCCAAGGUCUCUCACUGCCCGUGCAGCAACACGUGCUUGACCAGUGGACCUGCGAGGGUACGGUGGAUGUGGGAUAAGGGUAUCGAUGUUGGGCUAGGGACGGACGUCAGCGGCGGAUACAGCCCUUCGAUCCUAGAAGCCGCCAGACAAGCCGCAAUGGUGAGCCGGCAUGUAGCCAUGGCCAUCGAGGAAGAGAAGGAAAAGGAGAGGGCCAAGUUGACGGUCGAAGAGGUGCUGUAUCUCGCCACAAGGGGAGGAGCUCGCUGUGUAGGGCUGGAGGACAAGAUUGGGGGGUUCGAAGUAGGCAUGGAGUGGGAUGCGCAGCUGGUGACUCUGAACGAAGUCAAUGGCGAUGGGGAGGUGCACGAUGAAGAUGACGACCAUGGUUUUGUUGAUAUGUUUGGGUGGGAGACUUGGGGUGAUAGAGUGGCCAAGUGGGUGUACAAUGGAGACGACCGGAACACGAAGCGGGUUUGGGUCAAGGGCAGACUGGUGCAUAGACGGAAAUGA